GUUGUUGAUGUGGUUGAUGUGCGUGUCAAUAGAUUUCGAGUCAUAGAUAGACUAUUAGCUAGCCAGACGAGAGCUCAGUCUUUUUCUCGUUUCCAAUUUAGUUUGACUGUGCCCUAGCUAGGACAUAGUAUUUCCCAAGAAAAGAAGAAAACGAAUUCAGCAAUAGAAAGAUGUUUGGUUGGAUCAAUGAUUGCACGGAAUGCCUGGUGGUAUCCAAAUUUGGAGAAGAAACGUGGCACAAGGUGAAGGAAAAAGCCAACUGCGACGUGGUGGACGGGGGCUUUUUGCGUUACAAGUAUUAUCCCGACUCGGAUACCGUCGCCUUGGUGGUAGCGGCUUCGGAAGUUUUGGGCAUCAGUAUUGAUGAGGUUCUGCAUGCCUUUGGUGACUAUUUUAUUGACUAUGUCCAAGAUAAUGGAUACAGCAAUGUCCUGGAAUGUCUGGGAGGAAAUUUGCGAGAUUGGUUAUCCAACUUGAAUUCACUCCAUGAUCACUUGCAAGCUUCAUAUCCCAAGGGAUUUGUGGCUCCUGUAUUUUGGAGUGAAGAUGACCCCAAGUCAGGCCCCGAAGAAGGAGCCAUUUUGGUCUAUUAUUAUUCCCAGCGAGGCAGUCUUUUGGUGCCUUUGGUAGUAGGAUUGCUCAAAAAGUUGGCAAAGUGUUACUUUGACAUUGAAAUCAACUUGGAACAGCUCGCCUUGCAGGAUGAAGUCAUUGAGGAUCCAGAUAACCCCGAUGGAGAAGAAAAAACACAUGAACAUACCUGCUGGAGGGUCACUUCGGCAGAUCCAGAUGAAGCUCAAAAGCUACGUGGGAAACGAAGGAGAAAACGACGAGAAGAUGCAGGAAGCAAGUAUAGAGACGAUGCCACGCUUACCACUUAUACAUCCACCUCUUCCACAGUCAUGAGAAACAAAUACGAACGAACCUUUCAAGAAGGAGGUGCUCAGGCUUCCUUUCUGCGAGUGGAGGAAUUUGUCCAACGGUCCUUCUUCAAUGAAGACUGCGAGCUCUACCAUGCUUUGACCUUGGAGCAGUAUGUCUACUUGGUGGGUUAUUGGAAGACAACCAAGGUGCAAGACAGCAAUGGCAACAACAACUCACCCGAAAAUGAAGGCAUGUGGUGCUAUGAAGUGUGGGCGAUUGAAAACGACGACACAGCCACCUGGCCGGCCUUGGAGGAUUUGCCACCCAGACUAAACCCAGCACUGAUUGGAGAUGAUCCAGUCCAAUUUGGCGGGAAAAUACCUGCCACCGGUGCCUUCCCGCCCAAUGGUGAUAACGAUCUUCAAUCGUUCAAACCCAAGAUACGGGUACUGAAUCCCAUGGGUCCACAGUCUGUGGAUCUCGUGUUCUCGGCGGAUGUCCUGUCCUGGAGUUUGGAGCGAGCUGUGGCCAAUGCCGCACUCGAGGCCAAAGUCAUGGAAUUCGAGCCCGAUACUGCAGAACGAAUUGACAAUUGCGAGUUGGAAGUCCAGUGGGUGGUUUGGAAUGAUGCAUCGGAUGAAGCCUACCACACAUUUACAGGGGGCGACCUUUCCAUGACCUCUCUUCAGCAGCUGUAUGAUUUGACCGCUGGGGCCAACUUUGACCCGAUUAAACUCGUCAUCCAACUGGCAGAAUCCGUCGCGGUGGACGACGACGAGGAGGACAUAUAGCCAGUUGUGCUGGUCGUUUCGCUACCCUUGCUGCCAAUAGUGGGACGCAAGAGGCGUUCACUAUCAUCCGCCUCUCGCAGCAAACUGCCUAGACUACAUGGCGGCCAAUUCGAGAACCGGCUAUCAGUUUUGGUUAGUACUGGCACCAGUCGUUCGGAGAUGAGGAGGGCCAAUUCAUGUCGGCUGAGGCGCAGCAGACAAUUAGAGUUUCUUUCAAACACAUAUCCUAGACUACUUUGUUUUAUUUUUU